AUGACCAACAUCCGAAAAACACACCCGCUAAUAAAAAUUCUUAACAACGCAUUCAUCGAUCUCCCUACUCCCUCGAAUAUUUCUUCAUGAUGAAACUUUGGCUCCCUACUAGGCCUCUGCUUAAUUAUACAAAUCUUAACAGGCUUAUUCCUAGCAAUACACUACACACCAGACACCUCAACUGCCUUUUCAUCAGUCGCACACAUCUGUCGAGACGUUAACUACGGCUGAAUUAUUCGAUACUUACAUGCAAACGGAGCCUCCAUAUUCUUUAUUUGCCUCUACACCCAUAUCGGACGCAGCCUAUACUACGGUUCCCACACAUCUCAAGAAACAUGAAAUAUUGGUGUACUUCUCCUACUAAUAGUUAUAGCCACUGCAUUCGUAGGCUAUGUCCUACCCUGAGGACAAAUAUCAUUCUGAGGCGCAACCGUCAUUACCAAUCUCCUAUCAGCAAUCCCUUACAUCGGUAACACCUUAGUAGAAUGAAUCUGAGGUGGGUUCUCCGUAGACAAAGCAACACUAACACGCUUCUUCACCUUCCACUUUAUCCUCCCAUUCAUCAUUACAGCGCUAGUAGCCGUCCAUUUAUUAUUCCUACACGAAACAGGAUCCAACAACCCCACAGGAAUCCCAUCCAACAUGGAUACAAUCCCAUUCCACCCCUACUACACAAUCAAAGACAUCCUAGGUGCUUUACUACUAAUCCUAACCCUAUUAACAGUAACCCUAUUCACACCUGACCUCCUAGGAGACCCAGACAAUUACACCCCAGCAAACCCACUAAACACCCCCGCACACAUCAAACCAGAAUGGUACUUCCUAUUUGCAUACACAAUCCUACGAUCAAUCCCCAACAAACUAGGAGGAGUACUAGCCUUACUACUCUCUAUUCUCAUCCUAUUAUUCAUUCCAAUACUCCAAACAUCCAAACAACGAAGCAUAAUAUUCCGACCCCUCAGCCAACUCCUAUUCUGAACUUUAAUUGCAGAUUUCCUAAUCCUAACAUGAAUCGGAGGCCAACCUGUAGAACACCCAUACAUUACCGUAGGCCAACUAGCAUCUAUUUUAUACUUCCUCCUGAUCUUAGUACUAAUACCAGUAGCUAGCCUCAUUGAAAACAAGCUCCUAAAAUGAAGA